UAGUAGGCAAUUUGUUUACGAUUUAAUUGGUUGGUAAAUUGGUUUUUCUUUUCUUCUCUUUUCUUACAAUUAAUUAUGUGGAAAUUGUGACUUGAUUAGUGAUCUUCUGGUUGGUGGUUCAAGGUAGAUGAGGCCAUCUACUUGUUCAUCAUGAAACCAAAUUAAUCUCUUCCUCCAUCAACAUCAUCAUCUUUUUACAGAUCCAAGACACAAGAAGAGAACAAAAAAUACUUGUCGAAAAAAUUGUUUGUGCUCCCUAAUCUUGAAGGAAAAUCAACCAUUUUCCCCCUGUUUUCAUAUAAUAAGUUCCGGUGAUUUAUUGUCGUGGUUAAUGAUGAUCAUCUAAAUCAACAAUCUCUCUGUUUCAUUAGAAUUGAUCUUCUCCAUUAGCAAUAUCAUGGAAUAACCUGUGUACCAGAUUUCUGUUCAUCAUUACUCACCUGUUUCUAUUUUUGGUUACACACCUUGUUUUUUUUGGUUCCUCUUUUGGUCUUUUAAUGAAAUUGAUCUGAGUCUGACUAUUGAUUAACUUUGAAAAUACCAAAUUAAUCCAUCAAGUUAAAUUAAUCAGUUAUGCUCACAAUUCAACCAAUUAUGAACUCUAUAGAUACAAAUGGUAAACAAUCGGAUGAUUUUCAAAGUGCAAAUUUUAAUGCUGACGAUGACUUUGGUGAUUUUGCUAAUUUCCAGGAUAAUAAAAUAGUUGAUGAUGAUUUUGGAGAUUUUACAUUUUUCCAAAGUAGUACAAAUGUAAAUAACUCUUCUAAUUAUAACAAUAGUAAUUCAACAAUUAUCACAUCCUCUACAACCCAAACCACGACAUCAACAACACCAACAACAACCGCUUUCAGUGCUAACGGAUUUAGACAAGAUGAUGCUGAAAUGAAACAACAUCAAACACACCAGUUGCUUAACGAAACAAAUAAUGAUGACUUUGGUGAUUUUACAUUUUUCCAAGGUGAUAAUUGUGAUAAUAAUAACAUAAGUAUGGACGAAGAUGAUUUUGGAGAUUUCAGUUUCUUCCAGGGUAACGAUAAAUCAAAAUUAGAAACAAUGACAAACCACGAGAUCGAUAACAAAGAUAAUAUUAGUACUGAUGGAGAUUUAAAUUUCUUCUCAACCAUUGAUAAGAGUGAUAAUAACUUGAUAAAGGAUAAACUGGACCAGGUCGAUGAUAUUAAAGAAAAAAUUAACUCUAAUAUAAACCAAAGUGCAGAUGAUAAUGAUGAUAAUGAUGGUGAUGAUUUUGGUGACUUUGGUGAUUUCGCCGAUUUUCAAGAAACCAAUCAAGUGAUCAAGAAAAAAGAAACAAUAACUGACCCAACCUCUAUUAAAUCUCUACCACCAUUACCUUCUCGGACAGUGUUACCUUCCAAUAUAUUUUCAUCUACUCCGAAAAUUGAGAAUGAAACAAACUCAGGAAACAAUAAUGAUUGUUUAACAAAUUCAUCUCUAUCUUCAAUUGUUAGUCAAUCAUUUACCAAGGAUAUACGAAAUGAAGGCAAUAAAAUUAUUUCUACUAAUCUAUUUGCCGAUACAACAUCUCAAAGUUGUAAAAUGUGGCAAUCGUUGAUUAAUUGGGAAGAAGCAGCAUCGCUCAAAUUAAAUUGGGAAUCAUCACAUACAUUCCAAGUUUUCCUACGAUCUCUUAAAAUUGAUUCUAGAAAUAUACAACAAAUGCCUAGUCUGAGAGACUUUUCAACUCCACUCAUACCAUCUAAGCUGACGAUUCCUCAGCCAACGCCUUUACUACCUUCAAUAGUACCUUUAGAGCCUCAAGUAUCACAACAAUCUCACCAGUUGACAAUCGCUUCUAAUUCACUGAACAAUAGUUCAGAUAAUAAGCAACACCAAGAACAAAGUGCCUCAUCUAUUCCAGAAGCAAGUUUCGAUUGGAAUUCAAGCGGAUUAACUAAUCCCCUUGAAAAAGAUUGGUUAAUCCUUCUAUAACCUUAACGACAACAACAAAAUGAUAUCCGAUUAUGUCAACGAGAAAUUUAAAAGCAAACGAAAAGAAAAAAAGUUUAUCAUUAUUAUCGUUAAUCAAUUUCAUGGAUGAAGUGAUUUUCUCAUUACAAGAAAUUCAAUAUUAUCCAAUCCUUGCCAUUUUAACAAAAUCAAAGAUUUGACUUUAAUCUUAAAGGUGUUGCAAUUUAAUAUUAAUUAAUAUGAAUGGAUGGAUAUUAAUUACAUCUAAAUGAUCAUUUGGAUACAAUGCAUUUAAAAAAAUAAGAAUCUAAAUCUGGUACAUUCCUUUUGUGUUAAAUUCUCAAUUAACUUUGCCUAUUCUUCACACCGCUAAUUAUUAAUUACAAGGAGAAAGACUUUUUCCUCAAUGAUGAUCAACAAAAUCAACAACAACAACAAAACUUUCAUUUGGAAAUUUCAUCAUCGUAAACUUUUAUCAAUUCAUAUUGUAAGAAAACAGAAAGCGACUUAUUAAUUAAUGUCAACGACAUUGAUUCUGUAACUGUGUCUAUGUUUCACAAAUAGUCAUAAGUGAAACGGAAACACAAAUAUUCAAACUUGUCAAUAAUUAUUAUUGCAAUUUGAGUUAAUGAAAUUAAUUUUUGCAUUUUAA